AUGCCCGAAUUCAUGUCACUCAAAAAGGUGUGGGGAAAGCUGGAUUCAGGAGCAGGAGAACAGCAGGACCCUGCAGGACCCUAUGGCCAAGGCAUCGGCAACACAGCCGGAGGACCUGCUAUUCACGCACAAGAUGAUCGUACUGCCCGAGUCAACAUGAUUCUUCGGGCACUUCAAGUCUUCUUCGGUCUCAUCACGCUGCUAAUCGCAGUAUAUAUGGCAACCUUACAGUCAAAAUGGGUCGGCAAUCCUUCCGGUCUAACCGGUCUGAUCCUCUUUUUGGCCGCUGCAAGCUUAUUGGCAUCCACAAUGUUCUUGAUCGUGCCAAUCAUCUAUGAGCGCUCUGGAUACAAAACGAUGAAAGGAUUGACACGCGCGCUGUCCGAAGCACGAGUAGGCAUGGUCUGCAACGGUAUAUUUGGCUUCCUGCUUCUCAUCCUUGCCAUGACACAGACCAUCUCGGCUUUCACCUCGCCUGGCUGCAAGGACCCAAAGAAGGACCCACAUGCCGGCGGCAAGGAUCGUGAAGACUUUGUCAAUCAGCUCGGCGGAUGGUGCCGCACCAAGCGGGCCGAAGCUGCCUUCUGCUGGUUUCUCUGGGUCACAUGGUUCUUGUCUCUUCUACUCUUCCUGCGUCAGUGGAAGUUGGAACGCAAAAACGGCCCUCGCAUCCCUCCUUUCGUGCAUCCCAACGAAGACUCGGCAUUCGAGCCAAUCAACGACCUCGACGACGACGACGCGUUCGACGAGACUAACAAGACAGCCAGAUACGGCGACGGCGGCGAUGGGCGCUACGGUGAAGCACCGAUGCCUUACAAUGGUGGAGGACAGCCUCAUACGGCUUCAUAUGACAGACGAGGCAGCAACCCGUUGGCCGACAUUGAGGCAAAGUAUGGCAUGAGCCCAGCCUACGCCGCAGAUCCUUUCGCUGAUGGCCGUGCUGGAGCAGCACCAGGCUACAGCAGACCAUCGUACGACUACAACGCCUACGGCUCUGGCGGUGUCCCUGGCGGCUAUGCAGCCGAUCCUUAUAGCACCAUCAACCAACAACUUAGCACGGGUCGAAGUGGAGAACGCCCUUCUCAGCUGCCCAGCUUGGGCUACGGCUACCGUUAA